CAAGUUUUCAGAGGAAUUCUUUGCUAGUCACCUAUGAAGCUCCUGGUCUUGAAGUUGCACUUUUGCAAUGAAGAAAAGGAGACGGCUCGCUGCAAGUCUAAAUGAAAAGGUUCGUCUGGGCCAUGAGAAAGAUUCUUCAGAACAGAUUCUUGUAGUGGACUGUGCACAAGAAAUUGUCCCCAAGUCUGAAGAAAUAGCUCCUGCAGAUCAGCUCGAAUCUUCCCAAGAACUUGCACCCUCACCAGAACAAAGAAAGCUCCUAAGCUCAUUGCAGUAUAACAAAAAUUUGCUUAAAUACUUAAAUGACGAUAGGCAGAAACAUCCAUCAUUUUGUGAUUUACUCAUAAUUGUAGAAGGAAAAGAGUUUAGUGCUCACAAAGUUGUUGUGGCUGUUGGGAGUAGUUAUUUUCAUGCCUGUUUGAGCAAAAAUCCAAGCACUGAUGUCGUCACAUUAGAUCAUGUAACUCAUUCUGUCUUUCAGCAUUUGCUUGAGUUUCUCUACACCUCUGAGUUUUUUGUUUAUAAAAAUGAAAUCCCCUUAGUGCUAGAAGCAGCAAAAUUUUUAGAUAUCAUAGAUGCAGUGAAGUUACUGAAUAACGAAAGUGUUUCUAAUGUACAGACUGAUGUGGGGACUGAUGCACCUACACCAGUAGAAACACUCAGUGAACUGACAGGUAAGCUGUUAAAUAGUCAUCAGUGCACUUUUUGUGGCCGAAGUUUCUGUUACAAGAAGUCCUUAGAAAAUCACUUGGCUAAAGCUCACCGAUCCCUUUCGGUGGAAAGGAAACAUGGGUUAAAGAUGGUUGAGAAGGCAAACUAUUCCACUAGACGCUCCACGAGGAACCGUAAAUGUCCAGUUAAAUUUGAUAUCAGUGACAAUGAAAGUGGUGAUGCCUCUGACAGCAACUUGGAAAAAGUCAGUUCUGACAAGGAGACAUCUGAUAGAAGUGAAUUUGAAGACAGUGAAAGCGAAUGCAAUGUGGAUGAAGAGGGACAGGAAGAGGAAAUGUCAGGUGAAGAUUCAGAGUCUGAAGAACAAAGUGAAAAGGAACAGAAUGAUGCUGAAGAGGGUUCUGAGGGAGUUGAUUCAAUGGGAAAUAUUCCUGAAGGAUUAGCUCCAGUCAUCAUUCAAAGCAGUAGCAAAAAACUGCUGCAGUGUCCCAAGUGUGACAAAAAAUUUGAUCGAAUAGGGAAAUAUGAGAGCCAUACACGUGUGCACACGGGUGAGAAGCCUUUUGAGUGUGACAUAUGUCACCAGCGUUACUCAACAAAAUCCAACCUGACAGUGCACAGAAAGAAACACUCCAGUGAUACUGACUUCCAUAAAAAGGAACACAAAUGUCCCUACUGCAAUAAGCUGCAUGCAAGCAAAAAGACUUUAGCGAAGCAUGUGAAGAGGUUUCAUCCAGAGAAUGUACAAGAAUUUCUUUCUAUCAAGAAGACAAAAAGUGAAGGUUGGAAAUGUGAUAUUUGUAAGAAAUCUUUCACUCGAAGACCUCACCUAGAAGAGCAUAUGAUCCUUCACUCUCAGGAUAAACCCUUUAAGUGUACCUACUGUGAAGAGCAUUUUAAAUCCCGAUUUGCAAGACUGAAACAUCAAGAAAAAUUCCAUCUUGGGCCUUUUCCUUGUGAUAUUUGUGGCCGCCAGUUCAAUGAUACAGGAAAUCUGAAACGCCAUAUAGAAUGUACUCAUGGAGGAAAGAGGAAAUGGACGUGUUUCAUCUGUGGAAAAUCUGUCAGGGAACGAACAACUUUGAAAGAACAUCUGAGAAUUCACAGUGGAGAGAAGCCUCAUCUUUGCAGUAUUUGUGGGCAGAGUUUUCGCCAUGGAAGCUCUUACAGACUUCAUCUAAGAGUCCACCAUGAUGACAAGAGAUAUGAAUGUGAAGAAUGUGGGAAAACAUUUAUUCGGCAUGACCAUCUGACAAAACACAAAAAAAUACAUUCAGGUGAAAAAGCACAUCAGUGUGAAGAAUGUGGAAAAUGUUUUGGCCGUAGAGAUCACCUUACUGUUCAUUACAAAAGUGUUCAUCUAGGAGAAAAAGUCUGGCAGAAAUACAAAGCAACAUUUCACCAGUGUGAAGUCUGUAAGAAAGUUUUUAAAGGGAAAUCAAGUUUGGAAAUGCAUUUUAGGACACAUUCAGGCGAGAAACCCUACAAAUGUCAAAUCUGUAAUCAGUCUUUUAGAAUUAAGAAGACGUUAACGAAACACAUGGUUAUUCAUUCAGAUGCUCGACCUUUUAAUUGCCAACACUGCAAUGCAACAUUUAAACGAAAAGACAAGCUGAAAUAUCAUAUUGAUCAUGUUCAUGGAUCAAAGGCUGCAGAAGAGGCAUUGGCAUCUUCUCCAGAGGAAAAGCUAGUCUCCUUACCAGUGCAGUACACCUCUGAUGACAAAGUUUACCAGACUGAGGCUAAACAAUACGUGGAACAGUCCAAAGCAUAUCAAUCAGAUGCCAAAAGUUUGCUACAGAAUGUAUCCACGGAAGUCUGUGUGCCUGUGACUCUGGUCCCAGUGCCCAUGCCUGACCCACAGGCUGACCUAGUGCAGCACACUGCUCAGUCACACAGCAUUCUUCCUUCACAGCCCGAGCAGGCAGAUUAUCAACGGGCGACAGAUCUGUCAUUUCUCGAGAAAUACACUCUCACUCCACAACCUGCAAAUAUUGUUCAUCCUGUAAGGCCUGAGCAAAUGUUGGAUCCUAGAGACCAGUCAUACCUUGGAACUUUACUGGGGCUAGAUACAACUCCUGCUGUACAGAAUAUUUCAAACAACGAACAUUCAUGAUCAGACCAUAACAUUCCACCUAAUUUGCUAAGCCAUUAGCCACCAGGAGGCUGAUAUGGCAGUUGAGAUUUAUAUUUUAUAUUUUAUUUGGACUCAUGAGUCUUCUGCAUAGUUUGGGAAAAACAAUUUGUUUACAUAAUAUUUGAACAUUUAGGCACA